AUGACUCACCAGAGUGGCAUUCACGCAUUAGUGAUCUUGGGUAAAUCAUGCAUACGUCACUCCUGGGACCAAGAUUAUGAUGCCGCUGUUACCCCCAUGCUUGACGAAUCUAUACCUUGUUAUGUAUUUGUUAAUGAUUGGUUAUUGAUAAAUUGGGUGCCUGAGCGGGCAACUGUUCGAGAUAAAAUGUUAUAUGCCUCUACGAGGGCUACACUGAGAAAGCAAUUUGGUGAACACUUGAUCAAAGAAGAUAUCAGUGAUGUAACAUUAAACGGUUUCAAAAAAUAUUUGACAAUGAAAUCCGCUCCAGCGCCCCUAACUGCAGCAGAACAAGAAAAGGCUGAUGUUUUGAAGCACGAGGUAGAUUUUUACAUUCAAUUUUUUUACGUAAUCUUAGAUCGCGGGAGGUUUUUUCAGCGCCCCUCAAACAGUUGGAUCUGUAACGUUUGA